AUGCCCACUCGCCACAAUUGGGAUUCGGAGCGCGUGGGCGUGGCACAUUUAGCGGGCGCACUAAGUCCACUUUGCAUAACCGAUGCCAAUCAUGAGAUACUUCGGCCAAAGCCACGCAGACCCACGGGAAAUUUGCCGCCAAACUUCGCUGGGCAGCAGCCGCCCAGUCAGAUGAGUGGAUUGCCACCAGUUCCGGUGCCGCUGCAGCCGCAGCUGCAACAGUUGCAGGCGACAGCGCCACACACGCCUCAGGCGGGCAACGCUGGACUUGCGGUGGCGAUGGCGACACCAGCGCCACGUGUCUUCAAGGAGCUGGCACAGCAGCCGAACAAGGCGCCAGUUGGCAGCAAGACGGCACUGCAUCCGGCGGUGAGCAGUCCUUUGCCACAGCAACCACAGCAGCAGCAGCCGCAGUUGGCAACGUCCGUGGCCAAGGGGGGCAUGCCACAGCGGGCGGUGCAGGGACCUGCGCGGCUGACGGUGCAGAGUACGCCGGUCAAGUCGCAGCCGCCGCAGCUGAGCGGCAGCUUGCAAAGCUCACCCAGUCGCCCGACGCUGGGGAUUCCAACAGCGACGCAGCAGCAGCAGAAACAACAACAACAACAGCAACAACAACAACAACAGGCGACGCCACGAACUCAUCAACAUGAACAGUUCCGAGCGUUGCAGCGGGUGCAGGAAUGCCACAGUUCGUCGGAUGAGAAUCGCAGCUCGGGUCAUGCCAGCAUGUCGGACACGGGUGGACAUAGUUCCUCUCCCGCAGGUGGCAUGACCUUGGGUCCGUUGCCCGAGGAUCGCUUGGCUGCCGGGGUGACCAAUCGGAGCACACGCUCGAGGCGACAUCGUGGCAUCAUGCCGGCUGGCAAGGCACCGUGGAGCGGCAGCGGGCUGGAGGACAUCAAGUUGGCCAUACAGCAGCUGACCAUGCGCUCCCAGACGAGCAGCAGCACCUACAGCAGCCUGAGUGCGGGAUCGGAGAGCUCAGAGCCGGCUAGAAGAUUGGGACGCUACUCAUCCCUGGAGACGGUGAUCACCAGCACAAGUGCCGAUGAGUUUGUCUGGGUGGAUUCGCACAAUCGGCUCGUGGAGCUGCAGCAUCCGCCUUGGAGUCAGCAGUGCAUCAUGCGCGUCCUACGCAACGGACGUUGCAAGCAGCAGGCGGAACAUGUCUCGGUCGAGGUCAUCUCUAGGCUGGGAUACCUUCUUCAGCGUGCCUUGGUGCGCAUUGCCCGGGAGAUCCAGCGUUUCUCGGCGGGAUUGGGACUCUGCUCCAAGCAGGAGGUGGCCGGUGCCUUCAAAGUGGUGCUCUGCUCCACAUUGGCCGACUCCUGCACCAAGGCGUGCCUCCGUGCCGCUGCCAUGUUCGCGGUGCCCGGCGAGAGUGCUCUCAAGCAAAGCAAAUCCGCUCGAGCCGGUCUCCAGCUGUCCGUGGGCAGCUUCUUCAGAUGGAUGACGGAUGCGAGACUCGGCAAGUUUAUUCACGAGUAUGCGGCGGUCUAUCUCUGUGCUGGCAUUGAGAAUCUUCUCGAGGAGAUCAUGCUGCAGUGCGGCAAUGGCGGCAACUCCACAGCUGCUGCCUUGGAUCAGAGCAUUGCCAGCUCCGGCGACUUUUGGGGACUGCUGCAGCCAUUUGCCCAUCUGAAUGCCGGACGCAUUGCAUCCGGCGCCUUGGCCAUGCCACGCUGGGCGAGCCCCUUCUCCUUGGCCACCUGCGUGGGCAGCAUCCGUGAGCUGAAGGAGAAGGCUCUUCGCACCCAGCAGGAGUUCCAACAUGCCGCCGCCUUGUCCAACGCGGCUCUCAGUGCCCUCUUCUAUUUCAUGCGCUGCUCCCAGCUGGAACACACGGAACUUGCGGCCCAGACCUCAACGGCUGGCCAGGCGCCACCCAACAGUGGCACCCAGAACGUCCAGGAACUGUGCUACGAGCGCGCCUAUGUGGUGCUCCCUCCGCUCGCCGAGUGGUUGCGUGUGGCAUCCGCGCAUGCCGAGCACCGCAACGGUCUCAUGAUCGACAAGGAUGACAUUCUGCAGGCUGCACGUUUGUUGCUGCCUGGCGUGGAUUGUCCGAUACGUCCGGUGGCCCACGACGAGGAGCUUCCCACCAAGAAGACGCACUUCAGCGGCAGCAGCAGCAGCUCCGUCGGCGGCGGCGGCGGCAGCGCCACAGGCACCGCCAGCAGCUGCAGUUCGCCGGCCGUGAGCAGCAUUGGCGAGGACACCUCGGAGCUGGGACGUCGUGCCACGAUCGGAGUCGCCUUCAAGCUGCUGCUCACAGGUCGUGCCGAGCUGUUGGCCCAGGCUGCCCAGCUGUUGCCUCCGACGACGAGAUAUGAUACGCAGAACAGCGCAGGAUUAACCGCCUUGAUGGUGGCCAGCAUCAGGAACGAUGAGGUGGCAUUGCAUGCUCUGCUGGAUGCGGGCUGUGAUCCCAACGUGGAAGUGCCGGCGGCGGGCAGCAGCGGCUAUCCGGCCAUUCAGCCGGACACCCAACACUGGACAGCGCUCAGCUUCGCAGCCUGUCGGGCCAACUAUGUGGCACUGAGGAUUCUGCUGGAGCGAGGUGGCAAGGUGGAGGGCGGAGCACGCAGCAGCGAGGAGAAGUGCACAUUGACACCACUGCAGCUGGCGGCGGGAACGGGAAAUCUGGAGAUGGUAGCAUUACUCCUGGCGCAUGGCGGGAAUGCGUUCCUGUCCACGCAGCAGAAGGAUACGCUGUGCUUUGCUGGAGCCGCACAGAAGGGUUGCUUCUGUGCCAUCUCUGUGGCGGCUGCCCAUGGACAUCGCUCCUGUCUGCGCAAGCUGCUUACGCAUCCCGUCUCGCCGGGCACACGGGACGUCCUCUCGCUGGAGGAGAUGCUGGCCGAGGGGGAUGUGGUGGGAGUACGCGGCACGGGAGCUGCCGCAGCCGGAGCAGGAGAGGAUCUGCUGCCGCUGCUCAACAAGACGCAGAUCAAGCGACUGCAGGAAGCCAUGUACCACAGCGCUGAGAACAAUCAUCUGGACAUAACCAUUGAGCUGCGCAAACUGGGCGUACCCUGGACUCUGCACUGUUGGAUGCACGCCUUGUCGGCGGCUCAUGAACUGCGCCUGGAUGCGGUCAUAGAUCAGCUGUUGCAGGACUUUCUCCAGGUCUGUCCGGAUGAUUACAGUGCCCAGUUUGUUAGCGAGUGUCUGCCCCUGCUCUUCAACAUCUUUCGGAAUAAGAACGAGGGUACCACUCUCCUGUUGGCGGACAUCUUUGCCACCUGCUUUGGCUGGGAGGCACUGCAUCCACUGAAGGAACAGCCGCCCAUGCAGCCGGUUCAAGGCACUCGCAUCGAUCCAAAGUUCGUCAACAAUCCGGAACUGAGCGAUGUCACCUUUCGCGUCGAGGGUAAAAUCUUUUAUGGCCACAAGAUUGUAUUGGUCACCGCAUCGCCACGUUUCCAGAGCAUGCUCAGUUCCAAGCUGAGCGAUGCCACCAGCACGCCAACUGUCCAGAUCAAUGACAUUCGUUACCACAUCUUCCAGCUGGUGAUGCAGUUCCUCUACAGCGGCGGCUGCAAUGCUCUCGAUGUCUCCCAUGCCGAUGUCCUGGAACUUAUGGCUGCCGCUAGCUUCUUUCAGCUGGAGGCUCUCUUGCGCUACACAGAGGCACGCUGCUCCGAAAUGGUCGAUGUGGACAAUGUCGUCGCCAUGUAUAUUCAUGCCAAGGUUUACAAUGCCAACAAUCUCUUGGAGUACUGCCAGAGCUUUCUGCUGCAGAAUAUGGUCGCACUCUUGACCUACGAUGAUUCCGUGAAGCGUCUGCUGUUUGCCAAGAAGAUACCAAAUCACGAUGUGCUGGCCGGGCUUUUGCAAACGUUGCAGCAGCGUUUGAAGAGUCGUAAGCCUGGAAAUGCUGGAGGACUGCUCAACUCCUAUCGAUCGCCGCCGGCGACGCCAGUGAAGAAGUAGAAUAAUAUAAUGUCCUACUUACUUAGACGUCAUAUUUAUUGCAUUGUUUUAAACGAUAAAACUUGAGCUCUGUAUUAUAACGCCUUAUCCGUAGAUACCAACAUAUAUUAUAUUUGUAUGUAAUAUGUAAUACCCUGUAGUUGUAUUUUGUACUCUCAACUUGUUCAGCGCACUGUUAAUUUAAAUGCUAGAACACGUGGAACAGAUUAGCAACCGUAUCCUGUAGUUAGUUGAAAUUGUUUCUAAAAAUAAUAAAUAUACUUAAAAAAUACUCCAAAAAAUA